UCUGUCAGAUCCGGGUGGAUUUGGGAGUGGAGCCCUCCCAAUGAGGGCCUUACUUCCGGGAAUCUCGAGAGAAACCAGGGAGAAAGAGCACGGGACCGACGACCCACCAAGCUGCCCCAGCCCAACAUUCCAGCCGCAGCAGCCUCCCUCCCCACUCGCCGUCUCCUCCACACGCACCACCACCAAGAACUGGGCACACCCACCACCAAAACCCCACGACAAAUCCCCCGAUUCAUCCUGCUCUCCCGCGGAUCGUACAAUCCGCGCGCGUUUCCCGGCGAUUCGACCCCCAAUACGCGAGGAGCCAAGCGGAGGCGGCGGUUCCUGUAAAAAAAAAAAUCGGUUCUUGAGGAGAGAAGGAGGCGUUGAGAAGGGGCGAUGGGGGAGGGGGUGAAGACGAUGCUGGCGCGGCCGAUCCAGCUGGCCGACGAAGUCGCCAAGCAGUGCGCCGCCGCGCGCUCCUUCCGCGCCGAGUGCGCCGACCUCAAGGCCCGCGCCGACAAGCUGGCCGCGCUGCUGCGGCAGGCGGCGCGUGCCCCGGACCUCUAUGACCGCCCCGCCGCGCGUAUCAUGACCGGAGCGACGCAGGCGCUCGCCAGGGCGUCGGCGCUCGCGGCCAGGUGCGCGCGCGGGCACCCGCGGCUCCGGAACCUCUUCACGCUCAGCCCCGCGGCCGGGUUCCCGCGCGCCGUCGUCGCGCUCGACACGGCCCUUGAGGACGUCGCCUGGCUGCUUCGCAUCUCCUCGCCCCACCACCAUGACGGCGGCGGGGAGGGGGACGGCGACGACGACGCGCUCCUCGGCCUCCCCAACAUCGCGCAGAACGAGCCCAUCCUCUUCUUCAUCUGGGACCACGUCGCGCGACUGCACACGGGCUCCCCCGCUGCCCGCGCAGACUCAGCGGCCAACCUCGCCUCGCUGGCCCGCGACAACCAACACUUUGCCAAGCUCAUCAUCGAGGAGGACGGCGUGCCACCGCUGCUCAAGCUGCUCAAGGACGGCACCGACGAGGGCCAGGAGGCCGCGGCGCGCGCUCUGGGCCUCCUGGGAUGCGAUGCGGAGAGCGUCGACAAGCUCGUCCAUGCCGGGGUGUGCUCCUCCUUUACCGCCGCGCUCAAGGAGCCCCCCAUGCGCGUGCAGGCCGCGGUCGCGGAUGCCAUCGCGACCCUGGCCGACCGGAGUUCAACUUGCCAGGACCUCUUUGCGCAGAACAACACGGUCCGGUACCUUGUCGGCCACCUCGCCUCAGGGACCAUCCAGGAGCACAGCAGGUACUCCGUCGGCUCAAGCAGCUCCAAGAACAGCGCCACUGCGCAGCCUCCCAUGAAGUCGCUGCACUCUGUGGUGCUGGCCAAGACACUCAGCAUGCGCCACGGCGGUGACCGUGACAUUUCUGGUGGCGUCGACGACUCGCCAAGGAUGUCCAACGGCUCCGCAGGUGAGCAAGACACGAAAAAGAACCAAAUGCAGUCAGUGGUGCAUUCUGCUAUGGCUGCCAAGACAAGUACGAAUGGCUCAUUGGUUCCACCGUUCAGGCCACAGCUGGGCACCAGUGGCUCCAGUGGCCGUGGUGCUCGCGAGGUGGAGGACCCUGAGACCAAGGCACACUUGAAGGCUAUGGCGGCGAAGGCUCUGUGGAAGCUCGCCCGCAACCAUUUGGGCGUCUGCAAGAGCAUUACAGAGUCACGUGCGCUUCUAUGCUUUGCUGUGCUCCUUGAGAAGGGCGAUGGUGAUAUGGGCACUGGCAUUCAGUUGUUCUCGGCAAUGGCGAUCAUGGAGAUUGCCCGUGUCGCUGAACACAGCCUCGUGCUGCGACAAUCGGCAUUCAAACCCAGCUCCCCAGCAGCUAAGGCUGUCGUUGAUCAGCUGCUCCGUGUCGUCUGCAAGGGCGACUACGACGAUUUGCUCCUCCCAUGCAUCACCGCCCUUGGUUGCCUUGCGCGCACCUUCACAGCAAGUGAGACCAGGAUCAUCGCCCCUCUUGUGCAGCUUCUCGACGAGCGUGAGCUACCAGUUAUCAAGGAAGCGGUGGUUGCGCUCACCAAGUUCGCAUGCACUGAGAACCACCUACAUGUGAACCACUGCCAAGCUAUUGUCGAUGACGGUGGUGCGUGUCACCUUGUCCAGCUUGUCUACCUCGGCGAUGAGGUGCAGAUUGAGGCACUGAUACUACUCUGUUACAUUGCAUUGUACGUGCCGGAGAGCGAGGAGCUUGCUCAGGCUGGUGUGCUCGCUGUGCUGCUCUGGGCAUCAAAGCAGGUCCACAUGGUUCAGGACGCGCGUGUCGAGGCACUGCUGCCAGAUGCCAAGGCAAGGCUGGAGCUUUUCCAGUCUAGGGCCUCCCAGUGAUGCUGGAAAGAGGACAUCUGGAUAUGGCAUACUGACACUGUUGUGUGGGCCCCGUUCGAGGUGGGCAACUAACAUGGACCAGCAUGUCAGCAUCAGUUCCAGUCACCAAUCGAAACUACUCACCUCCACAGCUCCCUGUGAUGGUGACACCGCACUUGUUGGUGAC